AUGACGACGGAACAACCACCUACCUUCGCUGCUGCUACCGCGCCGCCGCCUCCGCCUCCGCCUCCCGCACCUCCUCUUGGACCGGCUUUCGAAUCAUCAGGCCCACCACCCCGAUACGCCGCUGUCGUGAAGAAGGUCUACCCAUACUCCCUUCGACCGAUCGUCAUCUUCGUCUCUAUCCUCGGGGCGAUAUGGGGCAUUGCCAUGGGGGUUGAGUGUAUCCGGGAUCGAGCGGACUCGAACUCGUCAGAUAGGCAGAAGAUGAUGGCACUUGCACAGGGGAUCUUGUACUUUGUCAUCGCCCUCAUCGAAGUUGCCUUUAUCGUCAUUGCGUUUAUGCACAAUCUAUCUGUCGGACGCCUCAUCAUCGUUCUCGCCCCGCUUGGGGUGAUUCUUACCCUCGGCGCGCAGAUCCUGAACGUCGUUCGGCACUUUAUCCUGAAGAGCGACUUGAUUGCGCAAUGCGCGGCAAACACGUUCGGGGCGACAUACCAAAAUAGCAGUGGGGUCGAGCAGAAAAUCACGGGUGAUCAGGCAAGAAACAUCUGCACUACGGCUUGGGACAGAGGUACAUGGACGGUCAUUGCCUGGCUUAUCGUCUCUGUCAUACUUGCCGCCAUCUUCGCCUCCCUGACCCUCGCAUUCUACCGCCAACUUCUCGACCCCUCUUCCGUCCGCACCCGCCAACGCGGGAACGCCGUCGAGACGUACGCUCUGCAGCCCAACGACCCAUACGCGCACAACCCUCCCCCACCCCUCCACAACCAAGGACAACAAGCAUGGAUGGUCCCUCCCUAUCCUGGUCCGCCCGGGCCGCAGAUGCAGCCGGGGUACGAAAAGGGGGACUAUCAGCCCAGUGCCGAGUGGGCGUCAUAUGGGGUCGAUGGGAGCCCACAGCGUCCAAGCUCAAGGACAGGAGGGGCAGGAUACCAACGACCGCUGAGUGCGAGUGGAUUUGGGGGUGCGGGGAGCAGGGCGCAGGAUGAGGCGUGGGAGCGUGCAGAGGCAAGCGGGCCGACGGCGCAUCUGACUGGAGGGAGACGGAGUCCGAGAUUGGACGUGGAGAGCGGGUAUGUCGUCAAGAAUACAGAAGAGGAUGAGGCGUGGGAGCGGGCGAGGACGGAGGGUGUCACGGCGCAUCUGACGGGCGGGGGGUCGAGGCCGAAUGGAGGGAGGUUAGUGUGA